AUGGGGAACGCCCCGAAGGGCGGCGAGGACACGGAAGACAUGCGCGGCGCGAAGAGGCUGCGAGCGACGGAGCCCGCCCCGGACGAGGCGCCGGCUGCGACGUCGCCGAAGGUGGAUUCCAGCGCACCCGUCGACUCGGACGUGCACGCCGCGGUGGUAGCGGAGCUCGAUAGCAUGCGCAAGCGGGAGGAUCGCCUGCAGAUGUCGCUCAAGAUGCUGCAGCAGCACCUCUCCGAGGAGCGCGCCAGGGUGGCGGAGCUCCACUCGCGGCUCAUCGGUCGAAGCAUCCAGACUGACGCUCCCCCGUGCGAACACGCCAACUCGGCGGCUGUUCUCGCCAAAGCGGAGGCGGCCAAGGCGGGGGAGGCUGAGGCCGCGAAGGCGGCCGGCUGCCCCUUCCACCAGGGCGGCGCGGCAAUGCAGACGCGGGAUCAUAAGUUUGCGGAGUUCCAGGCUAAGUUUCGGGCCACGUCUGAGUCAGUCGUGGCCGAGGUCGACGAGCACAUCACGGAACAGAUCCAGCAGCGAAGGAACUCCAUCCGCCGGUCCAGCUCACAGCUGAGUUUGCAGGCCAGGCUGGAGGGCUUCAAGGACGAGCCCCCGAUGGCGCUCGCCUCCUUGAAAGAGCUCGCCAUGGACUCGGUGCAGGAGGGCGUCACCAUUGCCGAUUUCUCGCUCCCCGAUCAGCCGCUGGUGUACGCCAACCACGGCUUCGAAUUGAUCACCGGAUACUCCAUCGAAGAGACCGUUGGACAUAACUGCAGGUUCCUGCAGGGUCCCGGGACGGAGCCUGAGAAGGUGGAGCACAUCCGCCGGUGCAUCAACGCCGGUCUGCCGUGCACUGUGCAGCUGAAGAAUUACCGUAAAAACGGGGAGGAGUUUGUGAAUUACCUCUCCUUGACCCCCAUCAGAACAGCACGGGGCAGGGUAACGCACUACGUCGGGAUCCAGUCAGACGUCACCGAGUUGAUCAACACCAGGACGGCUGAGCUGGACGCUUUGAAAAAAGCCACGAUCGCGACGGCGGCGACGGAGGCCAAGUCAAAGUUUCUGGCGCACAUGUCGCACGAAAUUCGAACGCCCCUCAACGGCCUGAUCGCCGUGGGCCAGCUCCUGGAGGACACCAACCUCAACCGCGUCCAGCGCGAUUACGUAACCACCAUUCGCAGCUCCGGCGAGACCCUGCAGGCGCUCAUCUCGGAUAUUCUCGACUUUUCGAGGGUAGAGGCGGACAAGUUGGUGCUUCGACACGAGCCGUUCCAUCCGCAGGCGGUGAUCGCGACGGUGAUGGAGAUUGUCGGUUUGCACUCGUCCAGGCUGAAGCUCAACGUGGGCUACCACGUGGACGAGGGCGUCCCGGAGAGCGUCAUGGGCGACGCCAUGCGCGUGCAGCAGGUGCUCUUGAACACGCUGAACAACGCCAUCAAGUUCACAGAGAAGGGUGACAUCAUGAUCCGACUCUACCUUCGUAAGAGGUCUGACGCGGAGGCUGAGUACCAGCGCGCGAUGGAGACCGCAAACAACGCCGUGGAGGAGGAGAAGAGCGCCGGGACGGAGCAGAUGCAUCAGGCGAGGGAGUGGCGCGAGGAGCAGACCAAGCGCGGGAUGCAGGAGCAGCAGCGGAGGCUCAAGUCGGUGGAUUGGCUUCGAAGAUCGUCCACCUCACCCGCGGAUGACGACGAGCCUGGUCCCGCGUCCGACGCGAGCGACGGCGACGACUGGGUCCUCCACUUCUACGUCAAGGACACCGGCAUCGGUCUCAACUCGUCCAACAUCGACUCCAUCUUCAAAUCCUUCCAGCAGGUGGACCUCUCGCCGACGAGAAAAUACGACGGCACCGGCCUCGGACUCGCAAUCUCGCAGCGGCUCUGCGAGGCGAUGGGAGGGCGGAUGUGGGCGGAAUCGCCGGGGCUGGGCAUGGGCAGCAUCUUCCACUUUUGCGUCAAGUGCGUCUCCCUCCCCGGUGCGAACGAACGGGGGGGCACGCCCGCGCUGCCGCAGGUUCCCGGCGGCGCGAGGGCUAACCCCGAGGAUGCCGAGCGGGAAGCCGAGGCGAGGCGGCGAGUCCGCGCGUCGGGCGCCGACACCGCGAAGGUCAUGAGCCUCGUCAGGACCCCGUCGCAGAUGACCUUCGACGCCAUCUGCGAGGGGCGUAACCUGCGGGUGCUCCUCUACGACGAGAGCAGGAUGGUGCGGCAGACUUUGGCCGCGGCGAUGGAGAGGUGGGGGAUUUUCGUGCACAGCUGUGCAACCGCUGACGACAUCGUCUCCGCGCUGGACGGCGGCGCGGAAGUGGGCGGACUGGGGCGAACGGCCGGCCAGUACGACAUCGUCGUCGCCGAGAAGAACGUCGCGUUCACUAAGGCGAUCAGGCGAUGGGCCGAGUCUCACGGCAAGCUCAAGGCGACGGACGAGGUGGGCGGGAGCAAGGCUACGAACAGCGACAGCGGCGGCGCCGGCUUCCACUGCCCGAAUUUCGUGUUGAUGACCUGGCCCAACUACGGCAGCUCGAGCGACGACCUCAACGACAUCGGGAGCUGGGGCGAGAUCGGCUCGCUGGAGCACAAGCUCAGACGGAAGAGCCUGAACUCCAUCGACAGCCUGGCGCGGCGGAGCGACGGCAGCGUCGGGGCGCAGGAGAGCGAGGAGGCGGAUGAGGAUGUCGAGGAGUUUCUCUCUUUGCGAAACACCGAACUCCUGCCCAAGCCGGUGCAGCACGCGCGCCUGCAGAAGCUCCUCGCGAACAUCGCGCACGACAUCUUCAACCCGGGCGAUACCUCCGCGCGUAAGUCGGAUGUCAUGCGGCCGUCCGCCUCGUCCGCUCCCGUCUCGGACUCCUCCAAGGAUCCCGAGGUCAAGCCCAAGCUGCCGAAGAAGAUGCGAAUCCUGCUCGCGGAGGAUCACCUGAUCAACAUGAAGGUGGCGUGCGCGGUGCUCGCCAAGUGCGGGCACAAGGAUAUCACGAUCGCGAAGGACGGCGUGGAGGUGAUCGAGAAGCUCGCGCUGCUUCCCAGCGGACUGGACUCUUUCGAUAUCGUUCUCAUGGACCUUCACAUGCCGCGCAUGGGCGGACUGGAGUGCGUCAAGCAGCUCAGGAGUUUAUACCCGCAGUCGAAGGUUCCCAUCGUCGCGGUCACCGCCGACGCGGUGGAGGAGAGCAGGGAUAAGUGCUUGAAAAACGGGUUCAACUCGUGGAUCAGCAAGCCGUUCAGGAUUGAGCAGCUGGAGGGUCUGCUGGACGAGUUCGUUCCCGGUUCCAGCGUCGGGACUCGGGGCAGGGCCAACGGGGCGUGA